CAAUCAGAACUUGUUUCUGUGCAUUCUGUCCAGUUCUGUCAUUCUACUUCAGAAAGACAUGGAGCAGAUACCAAAAUAGAAAAAAAAAGAGAAAAGAAAUACAAGUAGAUUUUAACUGAAUUCGUAUUUGUGUGAGGUGAACUCCCUUUUCCACCCCUCCCUUCUCCUCCCUACGUGACUCAGCCUCUGGUGGAGAGGCCCUGAAGCUCUUAAAGCUCUCAGAUGGAUGACAAUCCUUCUCGUCUGUAAACGAAACUGCAAAACAAUAAUCGCCAAAGGUACCACGCUCUGGAUCUUCUUAUUGAUGGUCUAAAUAGUGUACAUCUGAACAAAAUGACCACAUUCAAUGUAGGAAAACCAUCCCCUAACAAAAAUGAGAUGAAGAAUGCUUCCCUUGCAAUGAAGAGCAGACAACAAGUUCUUAAUGAGGUCAACAAGCGGAGGACCCUAUUGCAAGAUAACAGCUGGAUAAAAAAAAGACCUGAAGAAGAACAUGCCGAUGAAAAUUAUGGCCGAAUGGUCCUUAAUCAGUACAAAUCACAAGAUGGCUUACACAGGGACACAAAUGAAAAGGAUGAUCAGAAAGCUUUGCUUAGCCGUUACAGAUCUGAUACUACUUUAGACAGGAUUCCUGGCAGAGAUGAUGCUGACAAAGGAAAUCAGCUCCCCUCCUUAGAUAGCCAGUCAAGUAAAAGCAACGAGCUGGAUGUAUUUGUCAACACUGGCAAUACCACAUCACCUGUAAAGAAGAAAAGGCAGUCAUGGAUGCCUCCUCCAGUCUCAAGUCCAAAGGUUGCCAUGCAGGAUGUAGAACAACAAAAAAGGCAUUCCUGGGGCCAACCAAAUGCAGCUGUCAAUAAUAAAUCAGUUUCCACUGCUUCAGAUAAAUCAGGAGUGCCAAAGAUGACUGUGUAUUCCUCAGAACCUGUUGCACCUCCAAAGUCCAAUGCUACUGGGAAUGAUCGACCUGCAACCAGGCCAAAACCCAGUGAAUCCAGUGCAAACAAAGGUGUCACAGAGAGAGCUGAGAGAAGCCCAGAUCUUGAUGAUCUCAUCAAGGGCAAAGCCUCCAGUAAUAACAGCAGUAAACACAAGCAGGAACAUCAAGGUCUUGAUGAUCUCAUCAAAGUCAACCGUGCAUCUAAUGGGCAUGAUAAAGGAGGCAGAGACCUAGAUAACCUCAUUGCUGUGAAUAAGACUGUGCAGAAAAACAAAAGAGGCCAAGAACUGGAUGACCCGGUAGUAAUAAAAUCGCCUACUGCAGGUCAAAAUAAAAAAUGGCAAAGCUCUGAAGAAAGGUCUGAAUCUGGCAAAAUUGAAGGCACUCAAGUGGAUGCGGAUGAUUUACACCAGGUUAAAAGAGGAACCAGCUGUAAUGUCUCAAGCAAUCACUCAAGUCCAAAGGAUACUGUUGUGUACACAAGAAUAUAUAAGAAUAGCCAAUUUCCCCAUGAUGCCUAUGAAGAUAACAUCCCUGGAAAAUCAAUUAAAACGGUUUACUCUACUUCUGAUAGGGCCAUCAUUGAAAAAGAAAUGUGCACUUAUUGCCGCAAACCCUUGGGCACAGAUGCAAAGAUGAUUCUCGACAAUUUGCAGAUUUGCUGCCAUGCAACUUGCUUCAAGUGUGAAGUCUGCCAUGGACCACUGGAAAACCUGAAGGCAGGAGACAGCAUUUGGAUUUACAGGAACACAGUGCACUGCACACCAUGUUAUGCUAAAGUCAAAGCAUCAUGGGUCUACUAAUCUUUACCUCAAAUCAGAUCGAGUUUGUUCACAGAUGAAAAGCUAUGUACAUUUAUCCUGAAAAAUCAUAUGCUUAAAAAAAAAGAUUGAAUGAAACAUUCUAAGAAUUAUCAUAAACAGAAGACACUUCAAGAGUGGUGAAAAAUGAAACCAUCUACACCUUUGGAAGGAAGAAAAUUUAUAAUGGCACAUGCAUAAAACAUGUCUGUAUUAUCAGCAAGAAAAGAUAUUGACUGCAUGCUAGUGCAUGUCUACCUAGAAGCAUGUUCCACUGAACGCAGUGGGAGAUGCUUCUGAUUAACACAGGUAGGAUUGCAUUGUGUGAACAUAUCUAAUGAAGUCUUGACUAAAUCCAUAUUCUGCUUUCUGUUCAUAACUUAACAACUAGCUUAUGUGAAAGAGCUAUAUCUGACACCAGAGACAGAGCCUUAAUCUCAGCUCAUGUACGAUGGCUCCAGUGCAGAGAAAAUGAGUUGCUUUUCAAGCCCUGUUGAAAUCAGUGGAUCAAGGUUGUUGAUACUUACUUUAGAUCAACUUUUUCUCUGUACUGGGGCUAAUUUUUUUUUUCUUGGAUUCUGGCCAAUAAUACUACAUACAUGUGUCCAAAAACUGGAGGACCAGAAUAGCUAUGGGAGUAGUGUGUGCAGCAUCAUAAGCUAAAUAGAUCAAUAUUGUUACUGGGCUAGAGGCUGGGAAAAAUCACUGUCUUGGACUCUAUAUCUCGAGAAUCCUCGAGCCAGUGGAAGUUGUAGGCCAAAGAAUGGACUUCUCCAAGCUCUGUACUGGGCUGAGUUAGGGUAUUAGUUGGGUCUGGGCAAGGUUUGUGGAUGGAUGUUGGACCAACUGAUGCCAUCAUGUGAGCAAGGGAGUUCACUAAAACUGGAGGGUGGGGAGGCGGAGAAAGAGAGAAGCAAGCAGGCAGAAUGCCUUGAGGUUGGCAGUCCUUUGGAUACUACCUAGGUAUACAGUCCUUUGGCUUGGGAAAGUUAGCUACCCCUUUAUCAAAAUUUGCAGCCAGGUGCUACAAUCUCAACUUUCUCUACGUCAGGAAUAAUUAUUCCAAGGAUCAGGCCCCUAUUUUAGUUUUAUGUCACGUAUUUUAAAACUCAUUGUUUUAAAACUGUCAUAUCAAAAUAGAAAACUCAGUAUAUGUGUGUGCAUGUGCAACAGUAUUUGUGUAUUUCCUUUCUUAUUUCUGAACUUACGAAAGUAAUUUAGCCCUACUAGUGAUAAGGACUAUAAAGACGUUUCCUUGAAUAUAAAGAAAUGUUGUAACGUUUCAAAUAUAAAAUAUGAAAUAAAAUGUAAGAUAGACAUUGGGUUUGGAUUUUAUGGUAGUCAUGGAUUUAUUAUGUUGGGAAUGUAUGGGAUAUAGUGAGCUCCAGAGUCAUGUGCUCCUCUCUUCUCUCUGCACAAUCACAACGAAGCUUUUGGAAGUUCCACUUUUUAAAAAUAAUGUCAGCCUCUCAUUUCAGUGGAACUCAAAGCUCAGUCUUCAUUAUGGAUUGUUUGGAACAACUGGCCGAAAAGGCUUCAGUUUGCUUUGUCUCCACACCAACUCAUUCCCAUCACAAUAAACCACUAUUUAUUUUUUAUAUCCAAAUGCAUGCAUCAAUAUUACUGUUUAAUGUAUAGUGCAUUUGAUCUAUUGGUAUACAAUCU